UCACCCCAUCCCACCCUAGGCAAAGAUACCGCCCGGUACCCCGCUCUCAGAUCACCGGCAUCAGGAACCGUACCUGAUAACAAGGGGCAACGUUACACACGAUGCGAAACAUCCGGAUCGCUGGCGAUUCGAGCGUUAAAUUACCGCCAUGUUAACCUCGUCGCGUUCUCGUUUGCGAUGGCAACACUUGCUGAAUUUGGUCGCCAUGAUUUGUGUGUUUGGUUUCGCUGUGUUUAUACUGAGUUAUGGCUUUGGUGUCGCCUCGCCGACUGUAGGCAUUGAGCAUACGGAGUCGAGUGGCAGCGCGACCCGGCAACUAGAUGUCCUCCAGGUUCAGGCACCAAUCAGGAAGAGUUAUGAAGGUACCAGCUGUCAACGGGUCAUAGUUCAGCAUAACUUUGCUGCGAGUUAUGGUACUCCAUUCGUUGGAACAUACUCACCCCCAAAGAACUGUGAGUUCACCACGACUAUCUUCAAUCUCUCAGUCACCUCAACCGGCAUCAACUAUGACCGACUUGGCCUCCUAUUCUUCGGUGACAUCGAGAUAUGGCGAACCACGACGGCGAUGCCAGUCAGAACCGGCAUCUUCUGGAACUUUCAAAAAGACAUGACUAUCUGGAACACUCUUCUUCGGUCCGAGCAAAAGGUCAUCAUGGAACUUGAUAAUCUUGACGAUUCCGUCUUCACGGGGGCCUACAAUGUCACAAUCACUGCCCUUUACUACAAUGAUCACGCCGCCAUAACUCCAGCGGAUAAGAUCUACCCCAUCUCAUCUCAGUCCUCCAGCAAGAAUCAAUCCUCCGUGCUCUCACUCCCGGUUCAGGAUGCAACUGCGACUUAUAUAUUUCCUAAAAAUAUGGAGAGAGCUGUAGUCAGCAUCCUCGCGUCUGGAAACGGUGCCGAGGAAUUCUGGUACAAACACGUCCCUACGGAGUAUGUCAAUACGUUCAGCAAUGCGAUCCGUCCAUACAGUUCUUUCAGAGAAGUUCAACUUCUCAUCGAUGGGCAACUUGCUGGUGUGAGCUGGCCAUUCCCAAUCAUUUUCACGGGAGGCAUCAGUCCAGGACUCUGGGUGCCAAUUGUUGGGAUCGAUACUUAUGAUGUUCCCAGUUUUGAGAUUGAUGUUACUCCUUUCUUGCUACUCUUGUGUGACGGAGAUCCGCAUACAUUUGAGCUGAAGGUUGUCGGCUACGACUCAAAGACAACAUUCGGGAAUGUGGCGGAGAAUUGGUAUGUGACAGCAUCGAUUUUCGUCUGGCUGGACAACAAGUCAGAGCAGACGAGGGGUUGGUUCAUCGAGUCCUCCACACCCCCUCCCACCUUCCACCUGACCCCUCAGAUUACCACCUCCGCUGAGACUAACACAAGCCUCUAUCUGGAGCUCACCGCCUACCGCACCCUCUCCCACACCAGCACGAUCAGAACUUCCUCUGGCAUGCGCAUGGUAACAUGGGUUCAAUCUCUCGCCUACACUAACACCCAAAACUACACCGGGGCCAACAACGACACCCUCUUCCAGCACACAUCGGGUACCUCCACCUUCUCUCCAACCUCGCAGUUGGCCGCACCAAUAACAAACACCUUCUCUUACCCAAUUUCUUUCUUCAUCGCGAACAUGCCUGCAGUCGAUCCAAUCGCUACCAACUCUUCCAUAUACGCAGAGCUAGAUCGCAGCAAAAUCUCAACAUCCAUCCCCAUCCUCCCCUACCUCACCUCCCCUUCAGUUCACCACACGUCAGCGACACUAGACACCCGGCAAAACGGCAGCUGUAUAUACUUCUGGAACGACACCUACUAUGAAUUCGCGGGCGCAAUAGAUCCUGCUAAAGGUUCAAUCGGGGCAACGGAGCAGUGGUUUUCAUUUACUGGGCCAGCGGUAGAUGGAGGAACGGAAAGGUACGGAAGGCACGUGAAGGCUGUGGAUGGAUAUGAGCCGGUUUUAGUGCUGGAUGAGAGUUACCCUGACACUAUCUGGGUGCCGGAGACUGAGAGAAUGGGAAAGGAGGAUCUUUGAAGUUUCUCGUACUCACAAGUUAAACCCAAUUAAAGGAGUUUCACGAGGAGUUUGGGCCAUACCAACGGCAAAGUCGCUGUCCAGAUGUGACAGUAAUCCCUGAAAUGCUACGCAAUGGUUGUUCGAAAGCUGCUCUUGUACUGUCGCCGUAUAUCGCGUACUGCAAAGCCUGGGCUCGAUCAUUAGCCUCAGAGGCCACAUUCGC